AUGCCAUUCGCCAGUUACUCCGAGCUCGCAGCCUAUGCCGAGGCUAACUUUCCAACCGCGUUCCGAGCGCUACCCGAUCCAAACACAUAUGCGAUUGUCAAAUCGAGCCCUUUGGGACCGAGAGUCAAAAUAGGGUAUUCAUCCGUAGAUUCACAGUCCGCUGUCUGGGCGCUGCUAUGGAGUUGCCAUGGCCAGAUCACAUACAUCGACGGUGAUGGAUGGAUCCCGGUUGGCAGUUUCACGCUUGAAGAGCCCUACUCCCAGCUAUGGGAUGGAGAGGCACAGCAGAAUGCGCUGGGCCAUCCAGAUGUAUUUGAUGCCUUCAUCAGGUAUAGCAUCAUGGCUAUGGGUCAACCAGGGUACCUUCAGGUAUCCAACAACCCACUUCGCUACCAUUUCCAACCAGUAUUCCGAGAACUAUGCGAAGGAUGGCCCAAGGCCUCCCUUGCUGAUGGAGACAAUGGAGAAGAGAAUACCGCAACAGUAGACCAUCCAGAUAUGCUUGUCUCGUCAGUAAAGCUACAUCACCUACUGUCAGAGAUCGAGCGACUAACGCUCCAGUCCAAGACCUCCCAAGUACUUCUUGAAGUCUUUGAACACGCCCACAGACGCAAACAUGGUCAACACCGGCGGCGCGCCGCGAAAACUAAGAGACAAAUUAAAGGACUGCAGUAUAAGCUUUUGUUCGCGAAUUGGGCGGCACAAGGAUGGAUGAUCAAGUACGAGAGGUUGAAGGAGGAUUUGCGGAAAUUAGCUGGAGAAAAUUAG